AUGGGAAAAGUGUGGUUCAUCACAGGUGCCUCUCGAGGCCUCGGCAAAGCCCUUGUCGAGUAUGCCUUGUCCAAGGGCGAUUCGGUCGUUGCCACCGCGCGGAACAAGGACGACUUAGCUUUCACCAGCAAAGCUGGCGCGGAAAAAGUGCUUGUCGAAAGCCUCGACGUCACGGACUACAACCAAGCCCUGAAUGUGGCCAAGACUGCCCAUCAGACCUUUGGGCGCAUCGACCUCCUUGUCAACAACGCAGGCUAUGCCGAUACGGCCUCGGUAGAGGAUACCACAAUUGAGGAUUUCCGCAAGCAGGUCGACACCAACCUCAUGGGCGUGGUCAAUGUGACCAAAGCCGUCCUGCCCAUCAUGCGCCAACAAGGAUCCGGCUACAUCGUCCAGAUCUCCUCGGUUGGCGCCCGCCUGGGCAGUCCCGGUCUGGCAGCGUACCAAUGCGCAAAAUGGGCGGUGUCGGGCUUCUCGAUGGCUCUUCACGCAGAGGUCAAGCCGUUGGGCAUCAGGGUAACGUCUCUUGAGCCCGGAGGCAUCCGGACCGACUGGGGCGGCUCGUCCAUGAACAUCCCGACGCCCAGCGAACCAUAUCAGCAGACCGUCGGAGCAUUUGCCAAGUUCAUCAGAGACCACAAUGGGUGGGAAAAGUCGCUGCCCGAGAAAUUCGGCCCCAUCAUCGACACGCUCUACGAAUCAACAGAUCCUCCCGUUCGCAUGCCUGUCGGCCCCGACGCCGUCGGAAUGGCGCCCCAACUUCUCGACGCUCAAAAGAAAUCGGACGAGCAGUGGGCGGAGCUGGGCAAGACAUCGGCCGAGUGAGUGUCGUUCAGAAGCUCAAAGACACCCAGAGGGCAUGGCCAACAAAAUUAUAUCGGCGAUGGGAUACUCGGUGCCCGUGAAUAGUCCAGUUGACAAGGAAAGAAGCUUCUCGUCGUAGUUGGACAAGACACUAGUUUCCCCAGUGGUCGAACUUCUUGCGAUAGGCUCCAAAAGAAAAAAGGCCACUGGGCGAUGUGAUGGUCUUAGCCAGAGGGCAAGAGUUAAGCCUCGAUCGCAGGUGC